UAGCGAGCUGAUGGGUAAGCCCCGCCCUUCCGGCCGUCUCCAUGGCAGCCAGCAGGGGGGUGGCGGCGGCGUCGCGGAGGCCACGGCAGUGACAAAACCUGGACAAGCAACAGAAGAUGUCGUCCUAUUUGGCUCAGGAAGUUCAUCUGGCUAGGAGACACGAGGAGAUACUGUCUCAGAGAUCAGCGCUGCUACAGCAGAUGGAGACUUAUCUAGGAGACAAAAAGACUAAAAAGACAUGGCAAACUCAAGCAGCUGAUGCAGCUCGUAGAAGGAAUGCAGCACUUUUAAAUGACAUAGAAGCAGCAGAAAAAAAGCUGCAAGAAAGAAUGUAUUUACUUCCACAUCCCGAUACUGUUAAGCUAGAAACUCUCUAUUGGGCUUCAGUAAAAGAUUCUCUUCCCAAUUGGGAAGAGUUUCUUUUAGGAAGAGCAGAAUAUCCCAUUGGUUUUAAGAAACUGAAAACUACAAAGCAGAACAACAUAAGCUACCCAGAAGAAGAUUCACAAAAACAAAUACUCUGAUUUUGUUUUGUAAUUCUGGUUUGAGCAGACAAUAUCUUCCACGUUAUAGAAUGUAAUAUUAUGCCAUUAAAUGGUAAUGUAAAUUGUUUGAGAUGAAAACGAACUGUACUGGAUAAUUUGUUUCUGUUGUCUCCGCGUGUAAAACUUCAGUUUGAAUGGUGGCGUCUGCUUUUGGAGAGCUUAGACUAGAAUUCCUCACAAUGGGAGAAGCAGUGCUGCUGAAGGGGGCUUUUUGGACCAAAAGUCAAAUCACCCACCAAGGUGAUCGCAGCUUCAAUAUAAGUAGAGUCUUAGGUUAUUUGCAAUCCUCUGCUUUUCUGUGUAAGUGUGAUAACUAAAGAUAUAUUCAUACAUAAUCUUUUUACACUGCAUUCAUCUCUGUUGCAUGCACAUGUCUGUGGAUGAAGCAGAAAGGAAGAAUUUGCCAUUAGUGGGAAGGGCAGGCACUUUGCAUCAGUCCUGAUUCAGCAGCAGUGAUCUGUGUGGAAACAUUCAUGACAGCAGAUGUGGGGAGAACACCUUGGAUUUGCAUAUCUUGCUUUCCCUGAUUGUUGUUGUUUUUGGCAUUGCCACUUCUAUUGCUUCUGCACCUCUCUCCUUUAACUGCUGCUGCUUUUCCCAGCCUCGUGCUAUCUAACUUGUGAGUAAAGACAAGAAAAUACAAACAAACCCAUAGGAACUUUCUGCUGCUCCUAGGCUUAAUGCUAUUUUCUUUAUGGUGGCAUCCUAUAAGUGAGGUCUUUAACUUAAGCAUGAGGAGUUUGAUAGGAGCAAGCAGGAAGGUUGCCUGCAGCAGCUGUCAUACAACCAAGAACAUAGAAGCUGCAGAGAUUCUUUCUCAGCCAUUGAGCUGUUCCUCCACAUCUUCUUUUAGAGUUCAUUGGAAAAGACUUCUAGAUUUGUGACUUGUCCUGAAGAAAUUUCACUCUUCCUAUGUGAAGGAUGCUUCAAAGAAAGAAAGGAAGGGAGAACCUGGGCUGGAGUCGAUAUAUUGCUAAAAUUUAAUCUUAUAUGCUGCAAUGUUCUUCUGACUGGGACAACAACGGCCCCUGAUCUGGAACAGGAAUAAAAGAAGUUGACUUCUGCCAGAGCCUGGGGAUUUGGAAAAAUUGUAAUUACUAAUUUUUGCUGAUCUGUUAAUGAACUGAUCAAUGCAUCUCCGUGUUACUUAGAGAUACAAAUAUUUUUUGUGCUAGACUAGGGAAGUACUUUUAUUGAAACUCAGUUUCUAGCAGCAUUAUUGAUAAAUACAUGAAUUGGCUCAGACCUGUGGACUGAAGAACACGUGUUCUGUCCAUUAAACAUAGCUCAGAUAUUCACAGGUUGAUGAGCUGAUGGUGGGGAGUUUGUAGUUCAGUCUGAACUAGAGAAUGGACUUCUGGCUGGGAGCUCUAGGAAGCCUGGCUGAACCUGAAGGACCAGUAUCCAUGAGAGCUCCUUCCUGAAAUUAGGCAGUCAGUUUUGUCUGGAUUUCAAUUAGUCAAAGUAUCAUUUGCACACAGGAGGAAAAAAAAGAGUAAAACUUCAGUUUUGAAGAUGUUGUAUAUUUUCAGUGGGAAUGCUAGGAGUUCAUUUAAAACUUUUUCUUUUAAAGUGUCCAUUAAACUGAUAAGUUUUUACAGAAACUGCCAUCUUAGAAAUAUCCUGUUGAGUGGGUGUUGGUGUUUGUAACAAUAACGUUGUUUUCAUAAUAUGUGAUGGCAGAUUAGCACGCUUCUCUGCAGUGUUGUUAACAGUUGUAAUUAAGGAAUAAACAGUAAAGGGUGUCA